AUGAACAAACAAAUCUCACUCUUAUUUUUCUUGGUUGCUCUAAUCUUUGUUUUCUCUUCAUCGGUCAAUGCCGGCGAAAUUGCUCCACCUAAAAAAGAUGACUGCUGCUGUGAUGAUGAAUAUCCAACUCCAACGCCACCACCUAUUAUUAGAUAUACUCCUGGUCCUCAUUCUAAAGUAAAAAGAGGAGGAGAAGUAAACGAAACAUGCUGCAAACCGCCGCCACCAGAAGAAUGUUGUGAUUGUAUAUUGGAUUAUUGUGACUUUAUACCUACGAGAUGCGAUAAACAUCAACGAAUACUUGGUCAGAUUCAGUUCCAACAAUUUAAAAAUUGUUCCAUAAAAGCCACCGGUAUUCUAACCAAAGCCAGGGCUUGCUGUGAAAAUUGUGGUGAAUACGAAUGUCUACCAUUAGAUGUCCAUGUUUACAACACAGGUCCCAGUGAUAUAGUAUUAGAUCUCGACCCUAUUGCUACUUUAGGCGGGGUUUUUUCAAGCUGGGUUACAUUAAAACCAGGAUAUCAAAAUUUAAAAAAUUUCAAUCAGUAUACCUGUUUGGUGGCGAUCGACACUUCUAACAGCGAACCUAGCGAUACCGUUCUUGGAACCGCCCCGGUCAAAAUGGUUUAA